AUCCUUCUCGACCAGCACUUUCCAGAUGACACUUGCCCUAUCCUUAAUCGCUGGGCCUGGAUUAGUGAUCAGUAAUGUUUUGUCGCGAGCCAUGACGGGUCGUUAUUUCACCGCAAACUACGCUACGGUGAAUGGCAUUGCGACCUCAGGACACUCUGUGGGCUUGAUCGCCAUUGCUCCGUUGACUCAAGUGCUUUUAGACACCUACGGUUGGCGAGGUGCCUUGCUACUGCUUGGGGCUAUCAGCACGCAUCUUGGUGUGUGUGGAUUCUUGCUAAAAGAACCGUCACACGAGGAGGCACGGGACAACUACCUACCGAUCAUCUCCAGUGAAGAUGAGCCACUGACAGACACACCAACAAGCUCAAAUGCUCAGAGAAAAUCCCGACUCGGCAUCCUGAAGGACACCGUGAAGGCACAGGGUAAUCUUUUCGGCUACAUGGUUUGCAGUCGCGCUUCAUUUUGGAUCGCAACGCUUACUUACGGCGACCCUAUGUUCUUGAGUAGCCUGUGGAUGAUAUACUUCGUCUCUUACGCUGAGUCGAAAGGUUUCUCUGGGUACGAGGCCGUGACGUUCACUACGGCCGCGGGGAUAGGGAACCUGGUUAUCAAGAUUCUUAUUGGAUUUGUGGUGGACCGAGGUUGGCUGAAGCUGCGACUUGGCUUGCUCAUUUCAAUCAUGACUUCAAGCUUGGCACUGUCCACACUUCCUUUGGUGAACUCCUACUGGUUGAUGAUGGUUAAUGCCCUCCUCUUCCAUGGCUUCAAUGGAGGACUAGCUUCACUUAGUGACAUUUACACCCGGGAACUGCUUGGAGCUGAGGAACUGGUAUCUGCUUUCAGCUGGAUGGAUCUUCUGGCAGCAUCCAUUCAACUUGCUUUCGGAUUCUUCCCUGGUUGGAUAUUUGACCAGACUGGGAGCUACGACAAGGCUUUUGUCAUCUUGGGAUUCAUCUCAUUUCUGCCGUUGGGGUCGCUGCUCAUGGAAAAUUUUAUCAACCGAAGGAAAGAUUAAUGACAUCCAUGAAUAAUCAAGGUGUCCUCAACAUGAGUCAAGGCUCUGUGAUUUUCAAUUAUUAAUGCUUGAGUUAUUGCAUUAAGGAAGUGUAUUUGGUGUCCUGUGCAUCUUUUUAACUAAAAAGGAUUAAAGGGCUAAGCAGUACAAAACGAAGCUCUAUGUUCGAGAUGAUGAAAGUACGCAUGGGGAAAUGUAAGCAGAGUGGAUAAAUGUUGCCACAAACAUCAAAUAAUUUUUUCUACAUUUUUCAACCUACUGACAGACGUUGCUCCAGUUUUUCUUGAUGUCACCGGUCCUCUUUUUCAACAAUACAAUAACCGAUGAUGAUAACGCUGAAGGCAAGUUAAUUUUUGUACCAAUUUAAUACGAUAAGGCACUUUACCGUUUCGACCAGUUGAUUAAUCUUGCUCCACCUACACAAAACUAUGUCAUAGGCCACAAACACUCUACAACUUGCCCAAACGAGCAAAAAGUGGUAUUUUACAACUGAUUUCGUUCAGAAUUCAAGGUUUAAAUGAUCGAUUGUAAUAUGACAUCUGAUGAAGUUAUCAUGUUUUAGAUGAAUGUUCAUACCUACUUUAAGCUCAUGCGUUUUACCGCGUUGAGGAAAAGGCAGAGAGAUUUAUUUCUGUGAAAAAGAGGAGGAGGUAGUCGAGGAAGGAAAUGAAAUGUAUAAAUAAUAAAUCACAACUGUAAAUCGAAAUAUUGUGGCGAAAUCGCCAGUAUAGUUUAAGUGCUUCCUAAAUUCUAUCUGACCAAGAAUAUAAAUUGUAAUUGAUGCUCUAUGAAUUACUUUAUUCAGUUGAGAACUUAGAGAUUACUAGGGUAAUUGUUUCAUUAAUGAUUGCUUAUCUUCCUGGCCUGGUUCUGCAGUGUGUUGCAUAUUUUACUUCAUCCAGUGCAGGAAUAGUGUUAUUGCAGCGUCAUUUCUACCUUUGCCCUGCGUACGAUUUUGAAAUGAGAUUAGAAAGGUUUAGUUGCACGUUCUUCGUGAACGCGAACGUGAAAAAAGUGUGGACUCUUGUGACGUCAUUGCUUCGUACGUAUUUUUUCUCACGUGCGUGUAGUUGGCACGGACGUCCAAUACGUAAAACACGGAAAGUUUACGUUGGAUCAAAACGUGAGAAUCUGCAACUUUUUCGGAGGGUUUAAGAUUAUGCGGUCACAGUGAACAUUCGCUGAUAUGAAAUGGACAUCUUUGGAAAGUGCAAAGGUCAUGCAAUUGGGAUUUUUUCAUGCUUGGUUUAUGAUGACCAAUUACAUUUCUUUUGAGAGAUUUACCUGAUGUGACGGAUCAUUUGUCCUUUUAUUCGAGUAUUCAUGUGAAGAUGUACAUUUUGUGCGGGACGCGCAUCUAAAACUUUCAAACAGGCAUUUGACGCCUGCGCACCCGUGCGGAUAAAAAAAGGUCGCGUUCAGGUAGUACGUGCAUCUAAGGCUGCAUCUGAAUCUCUUGUCUAGAGCUAGAGUUAGGUUUCACUCCAUUGGAAAUGCGUAGAGACGCGUAGACAAUAGACCUAGCCGUAGCUCUGGAAGCCCAUUUCGAACACGGCCUAAACCUCCUUAAUAGUACACGCGCAUACUGCAGACCUGUCACAAGCAAACGAAUGGUUGUUGUUUUAUGAACCAACCAGUGUGCUAUGCGUUAGAUACGCGCAUAGAGCUGGGCAAGCAGUACGUUUGCAUUGCAGCUAUAAAAAGCCUGCCCAUGUUCCUUCUCGGGCUGGUUCUCUACUGGAAGCUGCCCGUGCAAGACCAGUCAAGAAUUGAAGUAUAAUACCAGAGAAAAAGCACUGUGAAAGUAAUCCUUACGAAAGUAGACGAUAAUUAGCCAUCGAAACUUCAGUAAUACAGCUUUGGACAAACAGUGCUGCGCUCGCUACUUAACUUUUAGUUACAAACAAGAGACUAAUGCAAGUUUAACCCAAGUUAUAGAGCGCACUGUUUACUGGAUGUUGAUGAUUGUAAAAGGACUGCAAUAAAUCGCACAGUGUUGUUGUCAUGGUUUAGAGUA